CCUUGGCUGGGCUCCUAGUCCGGGCUGAGCGUCUACUCGCUGGUUAAGGUCGGUCCUUCCAGGUCCACAGCAGCCUCCACGCGGCCCACCCCCUGCCUGCUCCGCCCCCCUCAGCCCCCUCCCGCGCUCUCACUCCGACCUUGCACCGGGAGGAGGGAAUAGGGGGGUUGCCGCUGGGUGAAUAGAGGGCGCGUGGGCAGGGGAGGGAGUGGCGAGCGGCUGCCGGAGAGGCGGUAAGGCAAGGACAGGGGAGGGGGGCACGGGCUAUAAACGCUCGGCUGCAGCGGCGCCGGCAGAGGAGCCGCCGAGCCCAGCACAGCUGCCCUCUGGACCCUGCGGACUCCGGCCGAGCCCCUUCCUGAGUUCCACAGGCGCAGCCCCCGGGCGGUCGGGCGGAGGGGUCCCCGGGGCGGUGCCAGGGCGCAAUCCUGGAGGGCGGCCGGGAGGAGGAGGUGCGCGCGGCCAUGCACACCGUGGCUACGUCCGGGCCCAACGCGUCCUGGGGAGCACCGGCCAACGCCUCCGGCUGCCCGGGCUGUGGCGCCAACGCCUCGGACGGCCCAGUCCCUUCGCCGCGGGCCGUGGACGCCUGGCUCGUGCCGCUCUUCUUCGCGGCGCUGAUGCUGCUGGGCCUGGUGGGGAACUCGCUGGUCAUCUACGUCAUCUGCCGCCACAAGCCGAUGCGGACCGUGACCAACUUCUACAUCGCCAACCUGGCGGCCACGGACGUGACCUUCCUCCUGUGCUGCGUCCCCUUCACGGCCCUGCUGUACCCGCUGCCCGGCUGGGUGCUGGGCGACUUCAUGUGCAAGUUCGUCAACUACAUCCAGCAGGUCUCGGUGCAGGCCACGUGUGCCACGCUGACCGCCAUGAGUGUGGACCGCUGGUACGUGACGGUGUUCCCGUUGCGCGCCCUGCACCGCCGCACGCCCCGCCUGGCGCUGGCUGUCAGCCUCAGCAUCUGGGUAGGCUCUGCGGCGGUGUCUGCGCCGGUGCUCGCCCUGCACCGCCUGUCACCCGGGCCGCGCGCCUACUGCAGUGAGGCCUUCCCCAGCCGCGCCCUGGAGCGCGCCUUCGCACUGUACAACCUGCUGGCGCUGUACCUGCUGCCGCUGCUCGCCACCUGCGCCAGCUAUGCGGCCAUGCUGCGCCACCUGGACCGGGUCGCCGUGCGCCCCGCGCCCGCCGAUAGCGCCCUGCAGGGGCAGGUGCUGGCAGAGCGCGCGGGCGCCGUGCGGGCCAAGGUCUCGCGGCUGGUGGCGGCCGUGGUCCUGCUCUUCGCCGCCUGCUGGGGCCCCAUCCAGCUGUUCCUGGUGCUGCAGGCGCUGGGCCCCGCGGGCUCCUGGCACCCACGCAGCUACGCCGCCUACGCGCUUAAGACCUGGGCUCACUGCAUGUCCUACAGCAACUCCGCGCUGAACCCGCUGCUCUACGCCUUCCUGGGCUCGCACUUCAGACAGGCCUUCCGCCGCGUCUGCCCCUGCGCGCCGCGCCCCGCCCGCCGCCCCCGCCGGCCCGGACCCUCGGACCCCGCAGCCCCACACGCGGAGCUGCACCGCCUGGGGUCCCACCCGGCCCCCGCCAGGGAGCAGAAGCCAGGGAGCAGUGGGCUGGCCGCGCGCGGGCUGUGCGUCCUGGGGGAGGACACCGCCCCUCUCUGAGCAGACCCGGUGGAAUCCGAGCGGCUCCCUCGGGAGCAGGGACUGCUGGAACAGCGGCCAUUCUUCUGUUAUUAGUAUUUUUCUUACUGUCCAAGAUCAACUGUGCAAAUAUUUUGGUCUCUUGUGACGUUCGGUGCAGUUUCGUUGUGAAGUUUGCUAUUGAUAUUGAAAUUAUGAUUUCUGUGUUUCCUGAAAUUAAACAUGUGUCAACACAGGACUUUCUGGAUCAUUCCAGAAAGUGUCAGACGUUUUCUCA